AUGCCAUCGAAGCAGGUCAUGGCCAAGUAUGAGGCUGCCAAGUCAGCACUACGCCGAGCUGGUGCCACGCUCGUUGAGGAGGAGUGGCCUUCGGAGGACGGGCAGAAUGUGCUUGCCAAGGCCUUCUUCCAGACGAAGAUGGGGGACGAAGUGGUGAGCCCAUACCGCCAUGUUUUUUCAACUUUCAUGGGUCAGGUAGCUCAGUGGAUUCACGAAUACUUGGGCGCUGGAGCAGGCAUCGCGGAUGUGAUUGCAGAUGUGCAGAACGCCGGAGCAGGACAUACGCCCUUUUCCCACAUGGUGAAGUUCUCGACGAAUGUCAGCGAAGCAAAGCUCAGCUUCAUUCUGCAAGAGCUGCGCCGGGAGGGGCUCGAUGCCUGGAAUCGGCUUUUUGAUGAGGCCCGCCUUGAUGUGAUUCUCAUCCCAGGCUUGCUCCACACUGCCACGUAUGACUGCAUGGCAUCCUCCAACUGUGAACACCAGGUGAAAGACAUGAUCAGUGGUGAGGUUGCAUCGCACGCUGAGUUCUCUUCCAUCGACCUGAUCUUCAUGCAUACCUUGUCCAUGAAGCACAUACCGCUGCCGAAGAUGAUGGUCCCGGUGGGCUUGGACCCAGCGGGAAAGCCAGUGGGCUUGCAGCUGUUGGGUCGAGCCGGCCCCCCGAACUCGAAGGGGCUUGCCUACUCCUACGACCAAGAGCUUUUGAAGUCGGUAGACGUUCCUUUCCUCAAGACUGUGCAGACCGUUGUGCGGGCGAUGGUGGAGGUGGACCCGGACCUCGCCCGCGUGGAGCCUGCAUUGGUCAGAGGCCCUGGGAAUCUCUUCCCAUGA